AUGAAAGGAUGGUAGAAUUAUAAAUUUAUUUGUCAAAGAGUUAAAUGCGAUGAUAGAUAAUUAGAAUAAAUUAAUAUUCUAGAAAAUAAUCCUUAUUUAGUUGACAAACAAUAAGAAGAUGAAUUCAUUUUACACAAAAUUCCUUAUAAUGAAUGCAUUUCUUUAAAUGAUUUAAUGGAUGCAAUAAAAUCAAAUUAUGUAGUUAUCUUUAAAGGAUAAGUCAUUUUAAUUAUCUAAGCUAUUAUCCAGCAUUUAUUUAAAAUGGCUGAAAAAAAAUUAAACCAUUCCUAAUUGAAUGCAAACAAUAUUUUUAUUCAAUUAAAACCAGAAUCCAAUAAAUUUACUACUUAUUAAUCAAUUAUUUAAAUUGAUAAAAUCUAUUUCGUUUAAUAUUUAAUAGUUUCUAAUCCUUAAAAUCAAGAAUUAUCAUUUACACAGGAUGGAAAAGACAUUAAAAAAAUUAUUAUUAAAUUUUUAGAAGUCUAUUAAGAUAAUAACUUUACUAAAAUAAUAGAAGAAAUAAAAAAUAUUAGAGAUAUCAAUGAUUUAAAAUAAUUUAAAUAAUUAAAUGAUCUGCUUGAUUUAUUCAUAAAUGAACAUAUUGAUAUUAAUAAUUAAAUAAUGAAAGCUAAUGAACUUGAAAAUUAUAAUAAAAUUAAUAAAUAAAGAUAUCUUUGUGAAAAAGAAUUACUUAUUUAUUUAGAAGAGGUAUUAAAACAUAAGAUUAAAUUUGAAGACAAUGUCUGCAUUGAAAAUGGAAGUUAAAUGUAAGAAUAAAGUGAUAAUCUUGAAGGAUUAGAAUAUUUAUAAUAGUAUAUUUUAUUUCAUUUUUAACCUAAUUUUGUGAAAUAAUUCUAAAAUUACUAUGGAGACAAACUCUAAAAUACUUAUUUAAUAAGGGGAAUUACUAAACAAUCAUAUAAUGAAUUUUUAACUUAAAUAGAACCAGAUAGAAUAAGAGCAAAUGCAUCUUUUGAUAGUGUCAUGAAAAUGAUUAAAAAUUGUUUUUCAAGUUAAGAUUAAAUUAAAUAGGAAAUUCUUAAAGAUUAUAAAUUUGAUGUUGAAGAUUUAUCAAAAAAGGAAAUUGUUGAAUUGCUUUAUAAAUUUUAUAUUAAGCACUCAUUAGGUUAUGAUUUGGCAAAAUUGGAAUAAUUUGAAGAAGUUAAUUCAAAAGUAUUAAAUGAUAUUCAAUAACAUUUAUAAGAACAUUAUGAUAUGGGAAGAACCUAUAAAAUCCUUGAAUUAAUAAACGAAUUAAUAUGA